AUGGCGGACGUCAAGGCAGAGAUCAAACCCGAGAUCAAGCUCGAUCCGGCCGACUCGCCCACGAAGCUUGCGGAGAUCGAUGAGUUCGAGGAUGACACCGACCUCAUCUUUCCAACCCCGGAGAUGCAGGGUCAAGGCGCAUGGCUUGUCAAAGUAUCUCGCGACAUGUGGAAGGCCUGGAACGACAUCUAUCAGAGCCAGCCGGACGACGCAGAGGUGGAAGUAGGAAGACUGCGCGUGUACCACGCGAAACCGGGCGACGAUCCCAACUCACAAAAGGUAGAACUGCUACUAAACGACGGACUCGAACAACAAAAGGCGCUGCCGAGUGUGUACAACCUGGAGAUGAAGGAGAACAGCUACCAGAACACUGUGGUUUUCUCUGAGAAGGACCUGGACAGACAUCGCGCAAAGCAGAUUGGCCAUACGAGGAACCUUACUGCGGGAAAGCCCUCAGGUAUCCCAGGGAAGAGUGAUCGAUACGGACCGCGCAAGCCAGGCAGCUACCGCACGGCCAUUCCGAAGCAGACCAUAUUAGCUCCGCCCAUUAUCAAUGAGGCGGUCGCAAAGCCGGCCGAGGACAAAACCUCACUCGACUUCUUCAAGCGUCAGUACGACGCUGCUAUGAGUCAAGGCAGGAAGGCGACAAUCCUCCCAUAUGUCGACAAGGGAUUCCACCCAGGCGCUGCCAGCGCUGGCUUUACCUUCGGUAGCAUCACCUCCAGGCCAGGCAAGGGUUUCAAGAAGAAGGAGCCCAAGGAGAAGAACGUCCGCAUGCCCGAAGACAAGCUUCUGGACGCUCUGCAGCAGUGCUUCCGUCAAUACCCAUAUUGGUCCAUGUCGGCUCUUAGGGGACACCUGCGGCAGCCGGACGUCUGGAUCAAGGAGGUCCUCGAUAAGAUCGCCGUUCUGGUUCGCAGUGGUGACUUCACUGGCAACUACAAGUUGAACGACAACACGGCUAGACUUCUCAACAUCUCAGACCUGGAGCUCAAAGAAGAGGCGGCCCCGAUCAAGAGUGAGGUGGAGUCGGAUCAAGGAACUGGUGAUGAGAUGGGCGACGAUGACGAGGAUUUGGGUGACUUUGAGGAUGUGAAGAUGGAGGGCGGCGCGUAG